AUGGUGAGCAUGGCCGGGAACCUACCUCUAGGUAGCGCCUCGCGAUGGCUUCAACCAUUUCCAAGAGCCGUGGCACAUGGGUCAUUUGCCUGCGCAUGCGACAUUCAAACACCCAAGAACACUGUUGACCUUCACACUUCGGGCAACCGCCAAGUACCUCUUCUUGCCUGUGAUUGGACGGUCCCCCCGACUUUGGCGCUUAGCUCUGAAAAAGAAUUGGUUGGAUCUCGGACGACGGACGACGCCAACGGAUCACACUGUAACGGGAGAGGGACAUUCAGCGAUCGACACUACACUACCGCAGGGUCAAGCCAGCUUCCCACAAUGUUCGAUGCCAUUGAAAACGGAGCAUGGCAAAAUCCAUCCAGCGAGGUGGUAGCGGCUGCCGCUGAUCAAGUGUUGGUGAUAGUAGCAUGCAGCACCGGAGGACGAGGGUUCAAUCACAUUGGCCGGGUCUUCGACAUGAGUUUGCUCCGUCCUAGCGAGUCGCCUGCAGGACCGAGGCGAAACGGCGAUCCCAUUGGCUGGACAGUCAUGAUCACUAACAGGGGCCUCGACCUCUCUUCAGCCGUUUUCCCCUUUUCUCUCUUUUGCCGUCGUGAGAUUCUCUCAACCUUGUGA